AUGGGAAGAAGUUCAUCUGAUUGCUUUCGAAUUAUCGAUGGUUUGAAAACUUCGUAUGAGGAGGAUUUAGAGGUAUUUAACGAUGAUAGAUAUGAAACUGAUAAAAAUGAUGCUUUAAACAUUGAAAAUGACACGGCAGCAACGCACAAUACUAAUAAUGAAAACAACCCAUUCUAUUUUACAAAAGAAUUAACAUCACAAGUU